CUCUCUUUUCGUGCUCCCAAGAGAUCCCGGACCCAGGGCCUGAUCAUAUUCCGCCCACGAUGGACACCAUUAAAUCCGUCCUUAUCGACGAGACUGUAAGUCUCUUCACCUCCGCAGGAGAUGUAGCUCGUUCAGGGGCCUACAUCUACCCUCUCAAGGGAAUCUUCCACCUUACCAACACAAAGCCCCUUUGGCGCCCACCUCUCUCCAAAGCCUACCCAACUGCAACUCUCGGCAUGGGAGUAACCUCGGCCAUGUUCUUCUUCACCUACAUCCCGCAAGUCGCCAUCAUGAGCAUCACCAGCGGGCCCCUGCUCGCACCCAUCACAACCGCGUUCCUGGUUCUAACCGAAUCCUCCACGAUCACAAACUACCUCGCCCGCGCGUUCCUCCUCAAGGACGCACUGAUUGACACCUUCGACGGAACACUGCUGAGCGAGGGACACGAGAAACUGGUCGCUAACGGCCGGCAGCUCCACACAACCGGCGACGCGGUCUCUCGUCUCGGCGAUGUGAUCGAUCCCGAACACGUGGAGAAACGGGAGCGGGAGAAAAUCACGAUUGCGAGUUUGAUCAAGGCAUGUGCGUAUCUGCCGUUAAAUUUUAUUCCGGUUGUCGGGACGGUGCUUUAUGUGUUUGUGCAUGGGAAGAAGAUGGGGCCGGAGCUGCAUGAGAGGUAUUUUCGGUUAAAGGGGUGGGAUGCAAGGAAGGUUAAGGAAUGGGUUGAGAAGCAUCGGGGGGGUUAUACGGGACUUGGUAUGGCGGCUUUCGUGCUGGAGAUGAUACCCUUUGCUUCGAUUGCGUGCUCGUUUACGAAUACCGUGGGUGCGGCUUUGUGGGCGGCAGAUAUUGAGAAGGUGGUUCGGUAGUUUUCUUUCUUUCUGCGUCCGAAUGAGGUGUAUGUGCUAUGUGG